UGCUGCUCUUGCGGAACAGGGUGUCAGCGUCUUUUCUGCGGCUGGAGCAGCUAGAUUUAAACCAAAAUUAUAGGUUAACAAUCAUACAUUUAUCCUCAUAUGCAAUAAUAACCUCUUGAAUGUAUUGGGGAUGUCUGUGACUGACUGGUACGCGCAUAAGUCGCUGGAAAAUGGCGUGUUUUGGAUCCAGGAGCGUUUUUAUGAAUCGGGGAACAGGGCGAAUAUCUGGCUCAUACGCGGGUCCCAUCAGGACGUCGUCAUAGAUACCGGACUGGGUUUACGGAGUCUGCCUGAAUACAUCUACAGUAAAGGGCUGCUCGGGGACGAUUCGAAGCGCAAGAACCCCCUGUUAGCCAUCGGCACGCAUGUGCAUUUUGAUCAUUCGGGCGGGCUGCAUCAGUUUCAACAGGUGGGCGUGCACAAGGCGGAGGUGGAUGCCCUGGCUAACGGUGACAACUUUGAGACCGUGACAUGGUUAUCUGACCGCGAGAUCGUGGAGGAUCCAGCGCCUGGAUGGCGAGCAAGACAGUAUAGAGUGACGGCUGUUACGCCAACCCAUAUAUUACAAGAAGGCGACGUUAUCAACCUUGGGGACCGGCAACUUUCUGUUCUCCACAUGCCGGGCCAUUCCAGAGGAAGCAUUUGUCUCCAUGACAAGGAGAACAAGAUGCUGUUCAGUGGAGACGUGGUCUAUGAUGGUUCCAUGAUUGAUUGGCUUCCCUACAGCAGGAUCAGCGACUACAUCCGUAGCUGCGAAAGGCUGGUAGAGAUGGUCGAUAAAGAUGAGAUUGACCUGGUCAUGCCUGGCCAUUUUAACACUUUCGGGAGCAAACGGCUACACCGGUUAGCCUCCAACUACAUGGCUAGUGCCGGCGCCUGCCACAGAGCCUCCACCUGCGUGGUGAAGUCUAUCGCCAGCCUGGCACUUCGAGCCUCCAACUCAAGAAGUGCCUGCUAAUAGUUAUGAUUCAGACUACUAUGCAACAACAUAUGUCAUUGAAGACCUCAAUAUAGAGCAUAGUGAAAACACUGA